AACGAAAUUAAACCAUUCCAAAGUGUAGGUGAUAUUAUGGGUUCCAAAUUUCAACUUGUGUUAUUUUACAUGGUUGUUUCUGUAAUGUUGGCUUCGCCACGGGCAGCUUCUCGUAGCCUACCGGAUGAUCCCAUGAUGCGGAGGUUCGAAGAAUGGAUGGCUCGGUUCCAUCGUGUUUAUACAGACGAUGCGGAGAAGUGGCGGCGGUUCCAGAUAUUUCAGGAUAACGUGAACUAUAUCGAAUCCUUCAAUAAUCGAAGCGGGAACUCGUACACUCUCGGCACUAACCAAUUUGCUGAUAUGACAUUUGAUGAAUUUCUAGCUAAGUACACCGGUACAUCUGUCCCUCUAAAAAUGAAGUCAGAGACAUUGACCUUGACAUCAUUUGAGGAUGUAAAUAUAUCCGCGGUGCCUAAGAGCAUAGAUUGGAGGGACCAUGGUGCCGUCACUGAAGUCAAACAACAAGGCACAUGCGAAUCCUGCUGGGCAUUCACUGCAAUUGCGACGGUGGAAGGAAUCUACAAGAUUAAAAAAGGAUCGCUGAUACCUCUAUCAGAGCAGGAGGUUCUGGAUUGCAGCGUUAGUUAUGGGUGCAAAGGCGGAGGCUGGGUGCACAAAGGCUACGAUUUCAUCAUAUCUAACAAAGGCGUGGCAACGGAAGCUUCGUAUCCCUACAAAGAAGUUCAAGGCAAUUGCGCUUCCAACAUCGUGCCCAAUGCAGCUUCUAUAACCGGUUACAAGUUUCUGCCUCGCAGUGAAAGUAAACUUAUGAACGCCGUGUCGCAGCAACCGGUUGCCGCGGCCGUCGAAGCAGAUAAGAAAUUCCAGCUUUACACCGGCGGUAUCUAUAAAGGACCUUGCGGAGUUAUGAUUAACCAUGCCAUCACUGUCAUAGGUUAUGGAGCGGACAACAGUACUGGAGAUAAGUAUUGGAUAAUAAAGAAUUCAUGGGGUACAAACUGGGGAGAAAAUGGCUUCAUGAGAUUGGAAAAAGAUGUCGCUUCCAAAUCUGGAUUAUGCGGUCUUACCAAGCAGCUAGUUUACCCAACUAUCACAUCAACUGCUCCUACGGAACUCGCCGGCGCCGUUGUUGGAUCUGAUAGCCUAAGAAGCUCUGCAUAAGGUUGAAGCUGCGAUUUAGCUAUAUAUAUAUAUGAAGCGAUCGUUCCCUACCAAUAUAUAACAAAUAAUUAAGGAGGUGCUUCGAGUUCCUCGUCGUUUAUUACCAAUUUGAUCAAGUGAUCCUCACCUUGUCGCGUUCCUUCGCAAGUUUGAAUAAUUAUCGUAUUAUGAUCAAGCCAUUUGUAUAUGUAUGUUGUGAUCGAUGUGUAUUCUGCUUUGACUAGCUAGUAAGAAUAUCAAGUAGUAAUUAAAAGUGUGCUGCUUAUUACUA